AUGGUGCAACAGUGUGACAGUGUGGACAGGGAGCACUACUGGCCUGGCAAGCCAGUGGUUACGGAUGAGCCCCUGCACUUUCAGAGCCCAGUUGCUGCAGGCAGCCAUAAGAUCCAGACCAUGGAGAAUGGUCGGAGAAGUCACCGGGAAGAAGCAGAGGAGGGGAGGAAGCUUCUUUCUAUUCUGAAAAGCCCCCUGAACUUACCACAUGAUACUACCUCCUUUCGGCAACUGCUCUGUCCAGAUCCCUUCUGUGAGGUAUGCAACAGAACAACUGCUGAGGUCAGUCAUCUGCUUUCUCAGGCAUACCUGAAGGAAGUUACAUGCGCUCUACCCCUGUUAGCUUCCACAGCUCCCAUGAAAAAGUCAUCAUCUCCAACCACUGCUCUUUCAGCAGUUCCUCCACAACAACCAAUUCAAGCCCCCACACCUGAACUUUCUUCAUCCACCUUCUCUGUACUCUCACCAAACCAAGACACUCCCUUGAAGGACUUAAAUUCACUCCCAUCACUUGAUGGUUCUGGGCCAUCAGAACCAAUUUCUCCUUUGGAUAUCAAAUUCCCAGUGGACCCAUCACCAGCUGAACAACUUGCCAUAAUUCCUCCUCCCCUAGCACAUCAUACUCAAGGAAGAGAACUUGUUCUCCAACAAAACUCCCCUUUGUCUACUGUGGACAGUCCUGAUAGGUUGUCCACUUAUGACCCAACAACUAGAGGCGUUAAGUCUUCCAGCUUGGCAAUGUCAGGAUUCUCCUGCAGGCAGCCUAUUGUAAACAACACAGUCCCUUCCAAUUUGGUAGAAUGUGAAGCCAAGCAGGAUUUCCUUGACCUUCAUUCUUCUGAGGCCCCCACAGGAGGUGUCACUGCAACCUACUAUGUAGAGCCUUGUAACCUCUCAUUUGUUAGACUUGAUGUUCUUGAAUUCCUGGAGACACAAAUUAAGAAGAAAGAAGGGUUCUUGAUGUGGAAAGAAAAGGAAAACAAAACUGCUUCCUUUUCAAAACAAGAUAUGCUACUGAAUUCUGUAGGGAAAGUGUUAGAGUCUGUUGCUGAGCAGCAGGACUUGACAGUUUCCCUUCCAUUUGGAAUCUCCAAAGGCAAGCAAGGGGAGCUGCACAAGUAUAUGCAGGCCCCAGUUCCACAUCCCUAUGAGGACCAUUCUCAGGAAAAAUCAUCUACCAAGCACUUCUGGGGGCUCCCAUCUCUACACAGUGAGUCCCUGAGCCCUACUGCCCCUGCCUUAGGUGACUGUAACUUGAAACUUGUCUGCUUCAAUAUAAUCUCCAAUGUCUCCACAGCCCAUGAAUCCCCCAUCAUCUCUAAUCCUAAACCUCUGCCAUUAUCUGAGAUCCAAUCUCAAGUCUUGCCUGAAACCUUGUGCCAAGAUCUUCUAGGAGCCCAGACCCAGCUUCAAUCUCCACUCCUAGUACUGCCACCUUCUCUCAUACCCCAGGUUAGGACCUGUGGAGUUUGUUUUUAUGGACCACAGAGUGAGGCACAGCUUCUCAUACCAUCUGAAACUCAUCUCCUAGAAAAUAAUAUAUUGAAGAAAAAGCAGGAGAUUGUAUGGGGUUUACCUUCUGUGGUCCAGAGAUCUCAGGAUGAUUUUUGUCCACCAGCUCCAAAACUUCCAUUGGUCAGACAGUACUCCAAGGCCAAUGUUACGAUCUCCAUCCUUCUUGGUGAUUUCCCCCUCACCAGUGAGCUGCGGCAAAAGCUAGAGCAUCAUCUUCGAAAGAGGCUCAUCCAGCACCACUGGGGCCUGCCCCGCAGGAUCCAGGAGUCCCUGUCACUGAUAAGUCCUAGGAUAGAAAUGCCCCAGAGCUCUGAGUCUAAGAGCAGUCAGGGACUCUCAGAGAUUUCCUCCGUGAAACGUGAGGGAAGCAAAAAUCCAAACUUUGAAUCCAGCCAACCAGAAAAUUCUGAUGAGAAGAGCUCAGAGAUACCUCUGCUAGAGGAGGAAGUGGGGAAGAAACAGGGACACAGUGCAGAGACUGGCUCCACAGACGAUCUGUCCAGUGACUCAGAGGGGGUUUCACAUAGUAGUUCAGGAUCGGACUCUGAGUCGAGCCCAGAAAGUUCUACAGGGAGUGUGUCAAGAAAUAAUUUAAGUACCUCGCUGAGUCAGAAACAACUCAAAGAUGCCCUGGAAAGACACUGGGACAAGAAGUUUGCAGAAAUCAGUGAAGGUCACACCCCUGGUUCACAUCAUUCCAACAACAUGCACUUGUCCACACAUGAAAAAUCCCCUAGCCAAAUGAAACAGAGAGCACUGGAACCAUUGAUGGGGAGGGAGAACAGCUUGAACACACCCCACGAUAUUUCCUUCCAUGAUUCCUGCAAGCAAAAUAUUUUGGCAGAUCGUAUUAAGUUUUUCCAUAUGAAGAUGAUGCAUGGCCUUCUCCAGAAAGUCCAGGAAUCCAUAGAAAUUGCUAAUGAGAAAGAAAGUCCAUCUCAGGCGUGUACCAACUUUAAACUUCCCUCCCCAUCCAUUUCUGGGGUAGAUUCUAAAUUUAGUGUGUCUCAGCCCUUUAGAGAAAAUUCUCAUAGUGAUGAGAAGAUAAGAACAACAAAUUCACCCUUCAUCAUGGACUGUCCUGAUCUUGCUGCCUCUUCUGUGAGCAGGGAAGGGCAGGGAUCCCAGAGACAAUCACUCCCUAAUAUGAAUCAUGAAUAUGUAGAUCUUCACAAAAUGAAGGAUAGAAAUUGUCAUUUGCUUUGUCAGACACAAAGUAUCACCAACAAGGCCAGUCUGGAACAGCCUGUAGCCUCCACUAGUCAUAGUCCCAAACUACACACAAGCCCAGCUGAAGCUCUAUCUGAGCCACUGGGUAAGAGAAAAAUUUCUGACAAAAGUGUAAAACAGCCUCAGGAAAAAAGUGAGAGGUUGAGGCAUAAUUCCAUGUCUACCACAGGAAAAUCCAGGGAGAUAUCUAAGAUGGAGGACCUCUGUUAUCUUAAAUCACAAGCUAGUACCACCUUAAAAAUCAGCAAGUGCAAGAGCUCCCUAGUGACACAUACAGAUACCAGUAAAGUAGACUUUAAAGCAGACACACUGACUACUCAAAGUCCCUUAAUGGGAACAUCAGGUCUCCAUAAUCCCGAAUUAUCAGACUUAAAAUGUCAACUUUUUGAUGAGUUGAAAUUGAAACUGGAGAGCAAAAGGACAGGAAAGGCCCAGGGUCUUCAAGAUGACCUGCCUCUGAGGUCAGAUAACUUACUUACUCCUAACUCUGGUGUCUCCAGUGUGGACAUGGCAGCUUCCCAUGGGCUGUAUGCCCGACUGGACAAGACAAAGGUCAGCAGGGAGCAGGGACAGGAGCCCUUGUUGCCUUGUGGCAACAAGGGUGUGAGCCCUUCAGCACCAAAAUCAGGGGAGCUUGGUAAAGGGGAUGCAGCACUCCCUGCAUCCCAACCCAGAAAGAGGAGCCACGAUCCUCAAGAUAAAACAUUAAAGAACAUGGCUGGGAGCAAAUCCUCCCAUCUGCUGUCACAGAAGGGACAGCCUCCUUGUGAAAACCGUCUCAGAAAUCAUGUCAAACAAUUUUUUCAGUGGCUUAGUAUGGUUAAAAAUGGCAAAGGACAAGAAAGUUCCCUGGGAAAGGGCAGUUUUCCACGAUCAUCUAUGCAGGCCAGGAGCCUAGGUAAAGGGAGAGCUGCUUUUCCUGGGAACACUGAAAAUCAGAAAGUCACCAAAAACACUGGGAAAGUCCCAGUGGAAAAACAAGGGCAGAGGCAUGGAGUAGAUGUCACAUGCCCUCAAGGACCCCCUUUGUCUCCCAUGAAGUCUGGAAAGACUCAACAGAAUCUGCAGACCAAAACAGAUUGUAUCCAGGGCCAGAACCUCAGCUACAAAGCUUCCUGCUCUGGAGUGUUAUAUGUCAAGUCCAGGAUGCAAGAAGCUGCUUGUCCUGGCCAGAAUUACCUUGAGAAGAAUAGACAGGGCACAGCCUGGCAUGGAAAGCCAACAAAAGUUGUGCUGUUUGCUGACCACAGACAUCCCACAGCCACGGCACACAUGGAGCCAGUGCUCCACAGCAGACCCAUCUGCACGCAUCAAGUGCAUCAGGUGCCUCUGGCUGCCCCUAUCAUUCCUAAUGGUGGUGUGUUGGAAAAUGUUUCCUUACUGAAAGAGAGAAUCUUCAUCAUUCCCAGGGACAAAAGUUUCCUCUCUCAAAAUAAUUCAUUCCUUUUCCCCCAAUAA